AUGGAGCUCCCGCGCUACCUCCGCCGCCCGCCCAUCCGCACCUUCGCCCUGAGGCCCCUCUUGAUCCCGCUUCCCCUCCUCGCCGUGCUGACGCUUGCCGUCAUCGUGGUUCAUGCCGAUGUCAACACGGCUCUCCUAUUCUCGCAAUGCCACGCGCGAUCACGCCUCCCGUCUGUCUCGUGGAUCCCCGGUCUCGGUGCCACCCUAUGCUUCGCCCUCUCCUUCUUCCAGCUGGCUCUCGCCUCCGUCCGGUCAUGGGCAGUCAUGGCUGUGAGCCUCAGCUUCCUCGCCGCACUGCUGACCAUAACCAUUGUCGAAUCAUCCCGCAACGGCAGCCGCCCGAACUGGCUGCUGCGCCGUCUCAUGCUGCUCUGGCUCGUCAUGAACCUCCUCGGCGGCUCCAUCAUCUGGCAGCUUCUCAUCGUCGGCAGCUUCAUGCUGCAGAUGGGCCGUGAGGUCCGCUUCAAUCCCACCAACCGCCGUCGCCUGCGUCACGUAUCCUCGGCCUCGAGCUCGAGCUCCUCCAACGACGAAGAGUCUGCCGCACUCGCCGCCGAAGAAGAAGUAGAGCCUGAGGCCGAGUCUCUCACCGCCGAGGAGGCCCUCAAGCGCAAAAUCCGCCGCCGCCACCUCGAGACCGACGCCGACGCAGUCGCCAUCCCCGACGCCGUCGCUCUCGGCUUCGUCCUGCCCUCCAUCCUCAUGCUCAUCUACAACACCCCCGCCACCAUCGGCCUCUGGCUGCUCUUCCCCAUCUGGGUCUCCCUCUUCCGCCGCGCCGCCAAGACGGCCAUCCACAGCCUCCAGCCCCGCCUCUUCCCCAGCCGCCGCCGCCGCUCUGCUCUCUCUUCGAACGGAAGCCACCGUCGCACCCUCGACCUCGAGUCGAACCGCCCCGCUCUGGCCCUCGUCUACCUCGUCCCCGUCGUCUGCUCGCUCGCGGCCCACAUCCACUGGAUCUGGAGCCUGACCCACCGCGACGACCGCCGCGAUCUAACCAAGAGCACAAUCACCAUCAUCGAGAUCGACAUGGCCUUCAUGGGCGUCACGACCCUCUACUGGCUUCUCGUCGAGGCCGGCCUCAAGGUCGUCCUCGCCGUCCUCGGCGUCUCCGUCUUCCUCGGCCCAGGAGCCGGCGUCUGCGCGGGCUGGUAUCUGCGCGAAAAAGCCAUCCGCAAGGGCCACGAGGAGGACGUCGAGCUGCUAUACGGACGGCAGAGCUCUGGCGGUGCCGAGGGCGCUGCGAGCGAGCAGACGCCGCUGCUGCAAUGA